AUGGAAAUAAAAUUCAUUCCUUCGACUUAUACUAAAGCGUCUUCUUCAACCGGCAUCGUCCUUAAAAAAUCAUCAAAAAAAGGAAUUGUUCGUCGUUCAAAAAAAUCUUCUCACCCAACUAUGG